AUGGAAGAAGAUGGCAGGGCGACACCCACACCCUCUCGUCUGCAUUCUCCAUCGUGCUCCUUCAAUCAGGCCGACAAGGAGAUGGUAGCAAAGCCAUUGGCUGAACGAGGCGCUGGUCAUCGCACCUCGCACGCUCCUAGUGCUCUCGACCCAGCGAUUGAAAUUGUCGAUCCCCGCUUCCAGCUGAACAAUUGUUUGGACCAUCUGGGCAAACAUAUCAAAUACGAAGCAGAAGAGAAAACCAAAAUAGCGGGUUCCCCUACAGCGAAGGAGUUGCGAGAGGUUCAAGAGACUGCGGAGGCGCGGCUGAAACGGGAGGAGGAAGAAGCAGAGAGCGUGGGCUUGAAGCGGAAGCCGGAAGAUCUGAUUAGCCAUCGGUCAUCCAAGGAUGACGUCUACUUUCGGGUGAAUUUUGACAAAUUCAAUACCCAUAUCCGCAACAAACUCAUCGAGAUGGCUGCGAGUGGAGACAGACAAAAGAAUCCUACAUCAACUGCUGCAAUUACCAUACUUAUUUCCGCUGACGAUGACCUUUUGACAGGUCUUGUCUUGUCAACCAAAAAAGCCUCAAGGGCUUCACUUGUCAAGGAUAAUCUUGGUCUAAUGUACGCCGUAGACAAUCCAAUGCCAGCUGGUAAAGUGGUGUCGUUCAUAAGUCUAGCAGACAACAUAGAUGUUGAAUUUGAAAUAGUUAGCAAAUGCCUGCGAAGGCGUGUGCCGAAGGCAGUGGCUAGGGAACAACACGGAGACGUCGGCGUUAGAAUAGUGCGUCUACUCCUCGAUAUUGGAAAGAUGGAUGACAAGCAGAUAGCAAAGGUGGCCAAGAUGCCAAAUUACGUUGUCCAGCCACUUCUUGCGACUGUUGUUUGA